AUGAAUCCUGUAAAAGGAAUCAGUAAAGGUGGCCGCCUUCGAUUAGUUUUACAUCUCGCUCAUCAUGGAAUGACGCCUUUUCAAUUCUCACAGGGUGCAGCCAUGUCAAACGCAAUGAUGCAACCUCAGCAAAUGGGUAGUCAGCUAAUGGGAAAUCCUAUGGCAGGAGCAUUCCCAGGAUAUAAUCAAUAUCAACAGAACUGGGGCAAUCAGCCCAUGCAUUCGAACCAAUAUCCACCGCCUCCUGUAAACCAGCAAUACGCACCACCGAUGAAUCAACAAUACCCACAAUACCCUCCGCCGAUGAUGGGACAACAGUAUCCUCAGUAUCCACAACAGCCACCGAUGAUGGGACAACAGUAUCAGCCUUAUCAGCAGCCUAUGAUGGGACAACCAUAUCCUCAAUAUCCUCAACAGCCGAUGAUGGGACAACAAUAUCAGCCUUAUCAGCAGCCUAUGAUGGGCAGACCUUAUAUGUAA